ACGUAGAUGGGCUGAUAACCAUUAACCAACGCAGUUUAACUGCUCACGAUAACGGGUGCUUCUGUUUAAAAUUUAUUGAACUUUAUUCCGAAUUUCGAUAACUUUUGAGAAAUCUCGCAUUGAAUGCGCCCUCAGCUUUAUCAUCGUUUCCACUCACGAUUUGAUAAGUGCUGCCUGUAACUAUUAGAACGGCAUAGCAGUAUCGUGACAGACUGCCACCAUGGACUGGGCUCUCAUGCGUUCCGCGCAGGACUAUUAAUUUUAUGCGUUUGUUUUGUGAUCAGCAUAUAUUAUUACCAGUAUGCUUUUUAUCGCCAACAUAUUGGUGUUUGUCUCUGUAUAACAGUUCUCAUCGCAAACCGUUUUCAGUAUUGUGUCAGUGUCGCCUACGGCAAUUUCAGCACUGCACGUUUCUCAUGGCGCUGUUAUGUUAUUGCUUCAGUGGCCGAUUGGAGGACCCGUGAUACUGUUAAACCGAAGCCCUAGCGUCUUGCGAUUGUAUAACAACUGUGAAAUAAUUUUGCUUUCGAUCUUCGGUUCACGUUACUUGAUUUAUAUUCAACGAAUUCCCUGAGCUCUCAGCUGGCUACUGACCAAGUCAGAUCUUUGGCCAUUUGGUUUUGGCCAUCGGACACUGGCUAGUGUUUCGGAUUCGAGACGUUGGUGUUGGCAAGCAACAUUGCACCGCAUAUAAGUCGAUCCAGAAAUGGGGAAUAAUCACUCGGAGCACUCCGGCGGUCCAUUUCGUUCCAGAAUGAGAACUCUAAGUGCGCUGAGAAAGCGUGCCAGUCAACCAUCCACGCUGGACACGACGGAUGGUCUUUCUAAUCUUAACCAAAUAGAUCUCGCUGCGGAUCUGUUUAAAGUUGCUGAGAAAUGGGUGCAACUGACCAGCAACCUUGCUAACAGUGAGAACGUGGAAAAUGCACCAAAUGUGGACAGCACCACCUUUUCCGAAGGAAGAGGCAUCUCACGAGACGCUUUCGAGAAUUAUUUCCAUGACGCGGCACCGUUUCUGGGCUUGCUGUUAUUCCAACAUUUUCAACAUUCUUCCAAGCCUUCGGAAUUGCACAACAAUCCCAACAUGUUGACGCAAAAGGCUUUUGUGCGGAAUGUUAUGGAAAUCUUGUCUCUUACUUCGCCGCAUGAACAAAUCCAUUAUUAUUUUCGGGUAUUCUCAAGAGGAAUCGGCACAUUGCACGAAGAAGAUAUGUUGUUACUGUUAACUGUGAGCGUUAAAGUGGCUUGUGCUGCCACGGGUCUUUCUCGAUUGAUUAGCGACGCGGAUCAACAAGUGUUUCAUGCGCUGGUGCGAUCGUUGGAUGUUGAUCCGGAAAGUGGCGUUGAUGCUAUGCAGUUCGGCGAAUGGGUCGAGCAAAACGGCGUCCAUCUACUUAAUUGUCUGCACCACUUUGUAGUGCAAAGUUUGAUCUCAUGCUCCGGAGUAUCCAGUCAGGAGCGCAAACCCGAUACUCAUUUGGAAGAUGACUUCUUACCGCUUUUGGACCAAGAUAAUGAGAUACAGCUCCAGUUGAGCUCAAUCGCUCUUUUAUGGGUUCUUUCGUGUUCUUUACCCAGAUUGUACAUAAAACGAUCACAUGUAGCCUCCACUUGCCGAGGUUUCUCUAGUCACCAUUCAACCGGCACACUGAGUUCUCUCAGUCGCCGCGAAUCCAAUCAAUCGACAAUGCACACUUCCCCGUCUGUCCCUACGAUCAACCCACAUCAGUUUAUUCAGCAGCUUGUUGAGGCCGCCAAUUUAACGACAUGGACACUCCUGUACAAUAGUGACAAGCAUGGAUUAUCAUUUAAUAGAUUUCUCCACCACACACUGCAUUACAAUGGACCGACAGUUUCUAUAUAUCGCUUAGAGUCAGGCUCGUCUUACUGUAUUGCUGUUGAUACUGAGUGGAGGGAAAGCCAGCAUCGAUGGGGUGGUUCGGAUUGCGUAAUUUACCAGCUACAGCCGCAGUUCAAGCGACUUGAACGUGGCGCGAACUUGGUCUACUUGAACGAACACGCUCGUGGCGCGUACCGAGGUAUCGAAAUUGGAGGCGAUCCUAAGCGACCAAUUCUUAAAGUCGAGUCCAACAUGCAUACGGCCGUCAAUGAGGGUCUGCAGGACAAACUUGUUUGUCUCGAGGUGUGGGGUUGUGCUGGUUCAGCACCAAAACUGGCCCAGCUGGAACAAAUUCGUUGGGAAAACAGACAAGCGGAGAAAAUGCAGAAAAUUACGCGUCCUCAGCGUUGGCAAGACAGCACGGACCGGUAUUUGUUGGACUUGGUGAAAAAUAACACCCGAUACCAUGACAGCUAAACAGUUGUGUGAUUCCGUUGAACAUACCUCUUUUGUUGCCCGUAUGUGGCAUACAUGGUGCUUCUUUUUAUUGAGUUGAAUAUCAUAUCUUCAGUGAUUUUUAAUGCAUGAAUUUUAAGUUCAUGCGGCAUUAAAGUUUAUAAUGAUG